CUAGGAUAGUCGGGAAUCGCAUAUCCAGGAGUUAAUCCCGGUAUGGGGGACAUGAAGACCCCAGAUUUUGAUGACCUGUUGGCAGCAUUUGACAUUCCUGACAUUGAUGCCAAAGAGGCCAUCCAGUCUGCCCCAGACGAGGCAGAGGGACCUCAUGGAGCUGCAGGCGCACCCCUGGGAAAGUCGGACAGCGUGGUGGGUGUUGGGUCAUCCUUGAGGCCGCCGAGCCCCUCAGACCCCCAGGCGGACACCUCAAUUGUUAGUGUGAUUGUAAAGAAUAAAGUCCGCCUGGAGACCGUAGAUGGAGGGGAGGGGGAGACAGACCAGGACCCUAUUGAUGUGAUCACAGGGGUAGAUGUGGGUCCUAGACUAGGUGCCUGUGCCCCUGGAAUGGCUGAAUCUGAAGCUCUCAACCACAACGGUUUUGGGGCAUCUGGUGUCUCUACGCCCCUUCCCCUCAGCCAGGCCCAGUCUAAUGGAGCGUCGUGGUCGAUGAACACCCCUAAAGUGUCUUCAGAAGCAGCGGGUGCCGGUGCAAACAAGCCUCACAAGCAGGGUGGUAACAUUUUCAACAGACUUAAACCGCUUGUGGCACAGGGGUCUGGAGAUCCGGUGGGCCGGGCCAGGAAGAUGCAGCUUCUACAGCAGCAACACCAGCAGCAGCAGGAUACAGGCCAAGAGAGGGCAGAUGGGGUAAAAGCAUCAUUACCUUCAUCCUCCUCUCUAUCAGCGGGGUCAUCUCCUCUGGCUGCAGGUGGGCCCGUUGGACUAGCCGCGCCUUUCUUUCCACCUUCCAAGCCUCUGCUUCCAACUCCACCUUCUGCCCUCUCAUCACACACACUGCACUCAUCUCAGCCUUUUAACGGAGCUCCCAAAAGUGGCCCUGCUGGGUUUCAGCACCAGCAGAUAGAGGAAGAUGAUUCUGACCCUGAUUUGGGGAGUCCGCUGGUCAUCCAGGAGAACCCAGACUCCCCGACUUGCACUCAACUGAGCCGACGUUACAAGUCUGACUCGGUCUCAACUCAGCCCACAUCCUCUACUGCAUCUCACCCUAAACCUGGGGACACUCCUUCAGGGGCAUCUCUAACUUCCUCAACCCCCCAGUCUGGCUCAACAGAGAGUCCCCAGCUGGAGGACAGGCACCCAGAACAUGUCAUAGAAGAGAGAGACUCACCAGAGAGUCCUGAACCAGAGAUGCCAAAAUCAACUGCUCAAGUCGCCACUAAGAGAUGCUCCAGCCCUGCUGUGGCCUCCACUCCACCUCCAUCUGAACUGCGGGAGCCUAAAGAGGAGGAGGAGGAGAUGGAGGUAGGGAAUGGGAUAGAUAGGGUGGUUGAUGGCAAAGCUGACAAGGGAGAAAAUGUGAGAACAGGUGAGGAAAAGAUGGAGGUGGAUGAUGGCAAGCCUAAACCUCCGUCCACUGAUGGAGGAGAAACAGGCGUUGCUGCACCUGCUGCUUCUGGAGCUCCAUCCCGACCCCUCAAAGUCAGAAUAAAAACAAUUAAAACCUCCACAGGUGGAAUCACCAGAACUGUCACAAGGGUAGCGCCUAAAGGUGGUGCUGCAGGGAAAGGUUUGGACCCUAAAGCUCAAACUGGGGAGCGUAAGGUGUUAGGAAACAAGGCCCAAAAACUUGAAGCUUCCCCAGGACACAUGACAACAACAUCCCAGAAAGUAAGUGCUCUCAAUGCUCUGCCCGUGUCUACACUUGCAGCCAGCAGUGUCAUGCUAGCUGCCGCCACAAAGGUCCAAAACAAAAUGGCUGCAUCUGACAAGGCCAAGGUUUCCGCCACUGCUGUUAGCAUCACUAAAUCUGCUGCCCUGCCUGUAACUCCAGCUGUGGCCUCCUCUCCCAAGUUCUCAGUUGCUGCUGGUGGGAUCAGUGUACGUACAGCCACUAAUAAGACGGCUAACGGAGGCAGUGGCACCAUCAUCGGCGGCACUCUCCAGUCAAACAAACCUGCCUCCAUCGUCAACAGCACAGGUGCCGUCAUCUCCCGCAGUCAGUCGAGCCUGGUGGAGGCUUUUAACAAAAUUCUGAACAGUAAGAACCUUUUGCCGAGCUACAAGCCCGACCUCUCAGCUCCUCCACCACCUGAGUGGGGUCUCCCGCUCCCUGCCACAGGGUACCGCUGCCUGGAGUGCGGAGAUGCUUUUGCCCUGGAGCGCAGCUUGGCCCGACACUAUGACCGACGAUCACUCCGCAUCGAGGUGACCUGCAACCAUUGCGCUAAGAGACUGGCCUUCUUCAAUAAGUGCAGCCUGCUGCUGCAUGCCAGGGAGCAUAAGGAGCGUGGGCUGGUCAUGCAGUGCUCGCACCUGGUCAUGAGGCCAGUCACCGUGGAGCAGAUGAUUGGCCAGCAGGACAUAACACCCAUUGGUGGCCUGCUCUCCUCUUCGUCCUCCUCUCCUCCAGUCUCCUCUCCUUCUACCACACCUGGAGGCCCCGCCCUCUCCGCCAACUCCAGCCCAUUGAAGGAUGCUACAUCUCCAGCAGCAUCUCAGCCUCGGCCGGUCCGCCGUGCACCUCAGGGCCCCCAAGCACUGAUGCCUCUGCCCUGCAAGAAGGCCGAGGGGUUGCAGUACAACAACUUCAAAUGUCCGGAGUGCCAAACACAAUUCUCUGGCAAGGCUGAGCUGGUCACGCACUUCCAGCAGAUCAGAGCUGCUCCCAACUCUACAUGUACGCAGUGCUCACCUCCCAUGAUGCUGCCAAACUCGUGUGCUGUGUCCGCCCACCAGAGGAUCCAUAAACACAGAGCGCCCCAUGUCUGUCCCGAGUGUGGUGGGAUCGCACGGCAGGCCAGCUUCCAGACCCACCUGGAGGAGGCCUGUCUGCACUUUGCCAGGCGCAUUGGCUACAGGUGCUCGAGUUGCCAGGUCGUGUUCGGAGGUUUGAACUCCAUCAAGUCCCACAUUCAGACUGCUCACUGCGAGGUCUUCCACAAGUGCCCCAGCUGCCCUAUGGCCUUCAAGUCCUCCCCCAGCGCCCAGAGUCACAUCAGCACCCAGCACCCAACGCUCACUGGAGGACAGGCCAAAAUGAUCUACAAGUGUGUGAUGUGUGAUACGGUUUUUACCCAAAAACCCUUGCUGUACAUGCACUUCGACACUCAUUUAGCCAAGCAAAAAGUGCAUGUGUUCAAGUGUCCUGACUGCACUAAGCUCUACGCCCAGAAAGGUUCAAUGAUGGAGCAUAUUAAGACCGCUCACAGAGGCCCAUCAGCCAAACAGGAGUCUCAGUCCGAUGCCUCUAACCCUGCCUCAUCUCCGGCCAACACAUCCGGUCCCUCCGGCCUCAAAUCAAAGUCCUCUGGAAAACCUGACAACUCCGACGGAGAGGACUGGGGGCGGGAACAGGAGGAGGAAGAGGAGGAGGAAGAGGACGACGAUGACGACGGAGAUGAGGACUACGAGGCUCCAGGGGGUCACUCGACCUCUGCAGGGGGCAGCAGUCAUCCCAGCGCUCCGACUGAGUGGACCUGCCCCCAGUGUCAGACCACCUUCACUGACAACGAAGACUAUCUGAGUCAUGUGAAGAUGGAGCACGGCAAGUUCCCUUGUCGUAUUUGUGGAGGCACGUUCAGCACGUCUUCCAGCCUGAGACGUCAUGAGCGCGUCAUUCAUGAGGGCAACAAAAGAGUCUUCCAUUGCCAAUACUGCACAGAAGGCAAACGCACCUUUGGCAGCCGGUUCUUAUUGGACAAGCAUAUUCGGCUUCAUCACAGAACCACGGAUGGACAGGGACCACCCAUGACUAGGAAGCGUGCAGCCACAGGGGGAGAAGGUCCAGGUAGCUCCUCAGAACAAGACGGUGAGGGUGCGCCUCCUGGAGCCAGGGCAGGAGAUGAAGAAGAAAACGCCACAGAGGACGGCGAGGACGGCGGUGGGCCCGCAAAGAGAACCAGGGCGUGCGUGGCAUCAACAUCGCUGACACCCAGCGAGUUAGAGGAGGAAGACAACAUUUUCCGUUGCGUCCCCUGUGGCUUCUCCACCGAGGACGGGGCGGAGUUUCAGCGCCACAUCCCCCAACAUCGGGCCGACACAGCCUCCUUCCAGUGCCUGCAGUGUGGCGUCUGCUUCGCAUCAGCCGGCUCUCUCAGCAGGCACCGCUUCAUCACUCACCGCGUGCGGGACACCCAGAGUGACGCGGAACGGGGCACCCCGCGCGCUCACGGCUCUCCGGACGGCUCUCCCGCUGCCUCCCCUCAGGCGCUGGGUGAGGACGGAGACGGGAAUCUGAGCUGCAAGGUGUGUGGCCGACGUUUCGACAAGGCCACGGACCUCAACACCCACUUCAGGACCCACGGCAUGGCCUUCCUCACCGCACACAAGACAGACAAGCCCCAGUAGAGGCGGGGCGGGGUGCUCUGAAACUGACAGAUCUUCUACAACGAGGAGGCGAGGGUCAUGCCCGAGGUGGUAGAAUAUGAAUGUUGAUCCUGAGAUAAAAAUAGAGCUGCUUCCUGUGCAGUCUUUUUUUUAAGCUACCGUAAACAGU